ACCAGUAGCAGUCACAACGUCGCGCGACUCGCACGUAAAGCACAUGCGCCCGCGCACCUCUCUUUAGUGAAAGUCUCGCGCAGGUUUCGCUACGAAACGUACUUCGAUAUCUUCAUCUAGUUAUUCUAUUUGUACGUUGCGCCAGUGCAGCGGCGAAAGGAGGUCGGUGCUUGGCCGUAACCUACGAAGCUGCAGAACUAUACAAAUACUCAAAGAGUAUUUCUAGUGUUCUUAAGUUUUCGACCAUGCAAUUCGAAGAUGGUGGAACCGUGAUUGUUAUGUUGAUGCCAUAACUAUACAGUUAUACAAUAGUGUAAAAAAGUGAAGUGAAACUGUAACGAUGAGCAGCGGUGAGCCUACGUUGACCGAGUCGCCGGUCCCGCUGGCCCUGGCGCGGCUCCAGGGUCGGCCGGGGAGGCUGCCCAGGGGACUCCGCGCGCAUCGCCCCAGUCUGCCGCUCGCAAGUCUUCAAGAGGCUAUAGAUGAGACCCCCCGACGUUUCAGUGAAGAAGCCUUCCCCGACACUGAUGACGAAGAGACCUUUACUGAAAUUGAAGCAAAAGAACCGUCCCAUUCCACACCCAAUGGAAGAAGGGCUUCUGAUGCUACAUUUGCAGAACGAUACAGAAAGCUGAACGAAUUUGACGGCCCGCCGCCGGACAUGCCCCGCCGAGCGUCCCUUGCGGUGCCAGUGGGUGGCGAAGGAUAUGGGCCCGCUGACAAAGGGCGCCGACGUUCAUGGGCCGCACGUUUACAGCUUGAGCGCAAAAAGCGACGAAAAUCGGGAGGCAAUGAUACUGAUGGGGAAGAAAGUGACACGCCGACUUAUGUUCGCCAAAAACGACCCUCCUGGUGGAAUGUCUUUGUUCCGGACAAUAUGCUCAAAAACAGGUCUAGGCGCGCCUCGCAGCAGCUGUCGAGAAGCGCGGAGAGCAUAGACCAGUCCUACAAGAGGUCUAAAAGUCGGUCGGUGGACCAUGGGUUCGGCGCGCCGUUCGAUCUGGAGGCUCUCCGCUCCAAGGUCGAGGGCAGGUUCGAUGCCGUGCACAGAGACGAGGACGAACACGUGAAAAGAUUGCCCCCACCGCCUCCAAUCAAAACUAUGACGUAUACGGUGCGUGACCGUGACACCCUGACUUCCCUGGCGGCACGAUUUGACACCACGCCCUCUGAACUGACCAAGCUGAACAGGCUCGCCACGCAGUUCAUAUUCCCCGGACAAACCCUCCUCGUACCUGACAAGAGAAAAGAUGGCGACAAGGACUCGGACGGGCCCUCCGAGAGCGGCGACAAUACUUCUGAAUCCACCGCGGGCGCCCCCAGUGAGCCGGCGCAGGAAAAAGAGAUAUUGGACAGCCUGCGGCCCGUGUCCCCUGAACAGCCCAGCAGCAGCAGCGCCCCGCAGAGGUUCCUGAAAAUUAACGUGCGGCACAUCACUGACGGACAGGGCGUCGUGUCGGGGGUGCUGCUAGUGACCCCCAACGCGGUGAUGUUCGACCCCAACGUGUCGGACACGCUUGUGAUGGAGCACGGGCCGGAGUCGUACGGGGUCAUCGCGCCCAUGGAGUACGUCGUCAACGCGGCCAUCUUCUACGACAUCGCGCACAUGCGCACGCACGGACCAGACAACCAUAAUGCGCACAAAGCUGAGCAAGCGGAGAUUUACUACAUGAAUAAAUCUGAACAUUCUCCUGGAAAGGACUCCCUUCUAGUCAAAGACGAAACGUUCCCGGAGCUGCAGGCGGCGACGGGCGGCGGCGGCGUGGGGGAGGCGGACGGGGAGGGGGAGGGGGCGGGGGAGGGGGAGGGGGCGGACGACGACCGCGGCGGCGCUGCCUUCCCCAAGGCCUUCGACCGGGAGCUCGUCACACCCACGGCUUUGCAGCAACAAACUACAGAGGACCGUCGGAAAUCCUUGCUGGACCAGCACUGGGCCAUCCCUAGCAAGGACAGGAUGUCGAUCGAUCAAGGCAGUGAGGUGUCAUCAAGCGCGGAGCCCAAGGACGAAGGGGAGUCGGGUCGAUCGCGCUGCGACAGCGCGGCAGAAUCCGCGGGCGAGGUCGCGGGUGAAGGCGCGGGCGAGGGCGCGGACGCGGAGGCGGACGAGGCGCAGCACCUCGUCAAGCUGUCCUACCACGACUCCGGCAUCGACAUUCGCGACCCGCUGCUGCACGUCAACACGGUCAAUACUAAGAAGGCGCACCACCCUUUACUAGAUCACGACUAUUAUCAUGAAAUAGACACCAUAUAUGAAGACUUGGAGGCAGACGUCUCCAUGUAUGACCGCUGGGAAUGUGACGUCACGUACGCAGCCAAGUUCUUAAAGAACUUCGACAUACACAUGGAUCAUGAUCAUUCAUCGGUCGAAAGGAUGUCAUUCUCAUCCCACGAUGAGGUGUACAGCGACGCAGAUAUUGUGCUGUCAGCGGACUGGGUGCCGCCAGUGUGCUUGGCCCGUGGAGAGCCGCCAUUAUCAGCGCCGCCUCUGGGUGAAACAGAGCGCCCGAGAAAACCAGCAGCUGUCUCGUUCUCGCUCGACGGCAAUACGCACAAGGAUGAUGCGGCUAAGCCCGACAAGAAGAAUAAGAUGUUCAAGAGGCUAUCCUACCCUCUAUCAUGGGUGGAAGGAUUGACCGGUGAGGGUGCCCCUGGCGGCACGCACAGCUCCCAAUCUGAUUCGUUACCCACUUCAGCCGACAGCCACAACUCCACCAGUGUUUUCUCCAAGGUUUUCAAUAGUUCGCCAAUGAAUUUAGUUGAAUUCGGCACCGGUUUGUUCCUGAGUAAAACCCCGUCGGAGGAGGCGCCGCACGACGCCAGCGGGCGAAGUUCGCUGGGUGGGUUUGGCCGUUCGCAAAGCAAGUCUGCGUCUAGUGCGCCCACGCAACCACGCCUCGACUAUCGUAGCAUGGUGUCAGUGGACGACAUGCCUGAUCUCUUCGCUUCUUUCGAUAAGUUGAUUCCUCGGCCGGCCCGGCCCAGUGACGACCCCCCGCUGUACCUGCGCCUGCGCAUGGGCAAGCCGGCCGGUCGCCCCCUCCCCCGCUCCACGCCGCUCAUGUCCUACGGCCGCAAGCGCAUGAAGCCCGAGUACUGGUUCGGUGUGCCUCGCAACAGGGUGGACGACCUCUUCAAGUUCCUCACACACUGGGUUCCGGACAGAUACGGUCCCCUGGGAGACGUCACCGCACAAGGCUACGAGCUCAUUGACAGCGAUACUGAAUGGGAUGACGAUGAGGCCAAACCUGGACAGAAAGGCGACAGGACCGGCAGCACAGGCGAUGUGUCAGACAUCACAAGAGAAUCAUGGGAGCUGCUGAAGGCGCCGUACGUGAAAAUAUACUCGAUCAUGAAGAGCCAGGCGGAGGCACUCGGCGACUCGUUGGGCGAGGAGCCGCGGCCAGAGGUGCUGUCGAUGAGCGAUGAACUGCGUCGCGCGCUGUACUCGUCGGGCGCCUCCGUCGACAUGGAGUUCUCGCCGCCCGAACUUAUCGGCACCUCGGAGAUAUUCACAAUGGAACACAGAGAGAAACUGUGCUCAGUGCUGCCUGCGCGCGCGCAGGGCUACAUGUGGUCACUCGCGUUCAGCACCAGCCAGCACGGGUUCUCACUCUCCUCUAUGUACCGCAAGAUGCAGAGGGUUGACACCCCUGUGUUGCUGGUCAUCCAGGAUACAGACAACAAUGUGUUUGGAGCACUGACCUCCUGCGCGUUGCGCCCUUCGGAACACUUCUACGGCACGGGCGAGUCUCUGCUGUUCUCGUUCCAGAGGGUGGAGGAGCGCCGCCCCUCCCAGCCCCCGCUCCCGCCCCCGUCCGAGGACAAACCCAAGGAUGACGAAGAUGAGCACAAGGACGAGAAAGGAGAUCAACCACCAGCAGUGAAGACAAAGUUCAAGUAUUGGGGCUGGACCGGAGACAACAUGUAUUUCAUCAGAGGCAGCGCCGACAACAUCUCUAUCGGAGCUGGCGACGGCAAAUUCGGUCUGUGGCUGGACGGGGACCUGUACCUGGGCCGCACGCAGCGCUGCACGACAUACGGCAACGAGCCGCUCACCACGCGCGAGGACUUCAUCGUCAAGAUCAUGGAGUGCUGGACCUUCAUCUGAGCGGGCCGCCCCACCGCCCUACAUUCAAAUCAAACAAGCUUUAGAUUAUCUUAUGAAAUUUGCUACGAAGAUUUGACACUUUUACAAGUCAGUCUUUUAGACUUUACCCGAUGAGUCUGAAAACGAUUUUGUACUCGCAUCGACUCGUCGUCUCGCGCCCGCGGCGUCCCGCACUCUAGUCAAAUGUACUGAAACCUGACCAAGCGGCAGCGGCAGCGGCUGCGGCCCGGGCGGGGCGGAGCCGCCACAGAGAAGUGCAUUAUCCUAGUCAAUUGUCAUUCGUAUGUAAGUCGAAGUGAUCGAGCUGACGGACGGCGGAGCGCCCGGUCGUUACGUGUCAAUUCAAACAAUUUAUAACGUGCAUUGUUGUUAAGGAUUAAAGACGUAUUUGUAACGAUAAAAUCAUUGUAUAAUGUUGUCGAAGUUUAUUAUUAACGAAACUAUCAUUAUGUGUUUUUACUAUUUAGCCGCCAUCUUUAAGUGAUCCCCAGUGUGAAGAUACUAUGAUGAUGACUUCUUGAACGCUCCUUCAGUCUUCAGACCCCAUCACAACCAAGAAAAAAUCUUGCCAAAGCGAAGGCUUUGACUGACAUAUCGUUAUCAAAUUUAAUAAUUCGAGAGAAAACACUGGGCAGUAUGAUUUAUUUAUGUUCUAUGUUGUGUAUGUAUCGAAUAUUGAGUCAUAAUAUUAAGUUAGUGAGCAUAAUGUUACACUUCACUGUGAUUUGAUAAAAUAUGUUUGCAUUUUGUGUUAUAAUAUUGAAGCUUAAUCACUAUGGUUUUAGUUAAAACUUCAUUCGGUGUUCUCACUAUGUAUCCUGUAGCAGUAGUGGGUGCACUGCGUGAAUGUUAAACGAAAAAGUAAUUUGAAAACUAUAAGCAUGUAAAGUUAUUUUUGUGAUAAAUGCUUCAAAUCAGUAAUUACAGAGAUGAGUAGCCGAUAUAUAUAAUAUUAAAUAGUAAAAAUAUUUUAAAUAGUUAUCUUAGAGAGCUUGAUAAAUGUAAUUGUCAUUGUGCUUAGUAAUUUGUGUCACUUAGUGUGAUGUUACUCAGUAUCUGGUCGUAAAACAUUAUUUAUUUGUCGGAUAUAAGCGCAGCCGGUGUCGGUACUCACAUUGUUUCAUGUAUAUACGAUGUAUUCCUGUUCGAGAUUAGUGGAGAUAUAUAUUUUUGUGAGAGGCCAUGUGACACUGCAUGUUAUGGUGGUAGAAUACCAAGCAUCGAAAAAAUAAAAGUAGAAGUUUGAUUCAACCUGAUGGACUAAGUAUUAUGAGCUGACAUUGCGCAAGAAUAUUCCAAAUAUUUUGACAUUGUUAUUGUUUGUGUGCAUCAUGAAUGAAAUAGAUAACAAAACCUAGGUUUUAAAAUUAUAUCGGCAUAAUUAUUGUUACAAAUUUAUAAUCAUUAGACUUGUUGAGUAGCAGUGAGAAAUUUAAUAUUUAUUUAUUCUUAUAUGAUUUCAAACUUACGAUUGCUGUAGCUGCAUUACUUUAUUGGUGAUUUAUUAUGUAAUUUAUAAGUUGUUAAAAUGUAAAUCAAGCCAUAAUAAUUGAGAAUAUAUUCUUUUGAGAAAGAA